AUGAUCGAGGCUACAAGCAUUCCGGUCUCUGAAAGAAAUACAAUAAAGAGAACUCAAAUCUACUCCAAGCAUGGCUUUGGUCAGGCUACAAAAUCAGAAGGUUCCGGAGUAGCCUAUAAGGGCAAUGUUGGUAAUCCAUACGGGAGCAACAUCAUCAGAGUCUCUGCAGAGAGUUCUAAGGCUUAUAAGUAUGUUGCGGAAUUUAAGACAGCAGGCUCUGAUAUAUGGAAAGUCGCCAUUUGGAACAAGUUUGGGCCUAAUGGACGCCUCGAUGGCUGGUUCGAUCACGCCUGCACAAUUUUCAAUUUGAGCAGCGGUCAGACGCAAUAUGUCGCUUUUGACGAUGAUUCUCAAGGAGGCUGGGCAGCUGCGCCUGGGGAGAGUAUUUCUGUCGACGAUGCCGGGGGCUACGCUUCCACUUGGGGUGAAUUCGACUUUGGAUCAUUCAUUAACCAUGGGUGGUCUGGUUUUGACGUUUCAGCGAUAGCUGCACAAGCAGGAAACCUUGAAGUCUUCGGGAUGAAAAUCUGUGAUAAUAUCACCCAGAUUUGCUCCUCCAUUACUCCAAACGCUGCUGAGGUGGAUAAUGCAUAUAUCUUCCAAAACAGAUUUGAGGACGGUAUAGGCGGUAACCUUCCGCCAGGCCCUGUGGAACUUUCAGUCACUUUAGGUUACACUGGGGUUGAGUCUACGACAUGA